AUGUCAGACAACUACGACUUCAUUGUUGUGGGAGCUGGUGCAGCAGGUGCCAUCCUUGCAUGGCGUUUGGCACACUCCAAAAGGUCUCCAUCGGUCCUCCUGGUCGAAGCGGGUGGAAAGAAUGACUCCAAGUCUGUUCGUAUCGAUGCAGAAAGGUGGCUACAUCGCAUGGUUCCAGGACAAAAUUGGUCGUACAAAUCUGCUCCCAUCAGCGGCUUCGACGGCAGUAUUGUCGACUACGAUCGUGGCAAAGGCCUCGGAGGCAGCACCGCUAUCAACUUCUGCUGCUGGACGAUCGGUCCCAAAGAAGACCAUGACGAGAUUGCUCGUGUUGUUGGUGAUGAGGCGUGGAAAUGGACGAAUGCUAAGGAGCGAUACAAGAGGAUCGAAGCGUACCAUGGUGUUCCACCAGAUGUGCCGGGCGACGUGCAAAAGUACUUGAAUCCGCGGCCAGAAGAUCACGGUCACACUGGUCCCAUUCACACGGGUUUUCCUCGAGUCUGGGAGCAGUCUGUAAAGGAUCUCAUGGAUAUUUGGAUCGACAAUGGCUCCAAGGUGAACCCAGAUCACAAUUCUGGUGAUCCUAUAGGCCUGUCCGCCUGUACAAACACGGCGUACAACGGCGUCCGUUCCACCUCGGCCGAUGCAUUAGUCGGGGCACCAGACAAUCUGCAUAUCUUGACAGAUACCGAAGUCCGUCGCCUGGUCUUUGACGGCACGAAGGCGACCGCUAUCGAAACCUUUGCGGGCAUGACCAUUCGUGCCAAGAAGGAGAUUAUCCUCUCCUGUGGUAGUCUGGAUACUCCUAGAAUUCUGAUGCACUCGGGCAUUGGUCCCCAUGACCAAUUGACCAAGUUCAAUAUCCCUGUUUUGAAGGCGAAUGAGAAUGUUGGCCAACAUCUGAAGGACCACCAUCAUGUCUUGUUAUCAUACGACCGGGCCGAUCAUACGUCCAAGCGACGGGAAUUUUACGCCAGCAAGGAGUUGCAAGCAGCCGCCAGAGUUCAAUGGGAAAGGGACGGUUCAGGACCAUUGGCAGAGUAUGCAUGUGCAAUGGGUCUGGGCUAUGAGAAGCUGGAAGCUUUGUAUGAUUCAUCUGAGUUUCAAGCCUUGUCGCCAGCAGAACAAGAGCACUUGCGAAAGCCGACAAUACCUCAUUACGAGUAUCUUGUCAACGGUGUGCAUGUUCCUCAUCUUCUCGAUCCUGAACAUACGCCAGCGGGCACCUCGAUCUUUGUCUUUCUCCUCAACAUGAAAUCCAAUGGAUCCAUGGUCCUUCAGUCGUCCGACCCCCGAGAGCCAUUGUUAUUCUACCCCAACUACUUCUCCCACCCGUACGACAGACGCGCCGCUAUCGAGGCCACGCGGGAGAUACUGAGAGUGACCAAGAGUCCUCAAUUCAGCAAGGACACUGUUGCCACGACCGUGGUCCCCAAGAGUGAAUCGGACGAGGAUAUUGUAGAAUUCUGGAAGAAAUCAUCUGGCAGCACCUGGCAUAUGAUGGGUACAGCACGGAUGGGCAAGACCGAAGCUGAGGGAGUGGUGGAUCACGACUUCAAAGUCUUUGGUGUACAAAAUCUCCGCAUUGUAGACAUGAGCGUCAUUCCCAUCGUCGUCAACUGUCACACGCAGACGACGGCAUACCUUACUGGUCUCACGGCAGGAGACAAGCUUGUUGCUGAAUAUAACCUCGAUGGAUGA